AUGAAAGGGGGAAACUCGGGUUGUACCUCUUCUGAAAAAGACAGAAUCAGUAACUUACCAGAUUCCCUAGUUCACCACAUUUUAUCUUUCGUCGAUACAAAAUUUGUGGUUCAGACUUGCGUUCUGUCUAAAAGAUGGCAGUAUACUUGGACUUCCAUGCCCGUGCUGAACUUUUGUCACCAUCAUAAAUCAGAUGAUGCUGAAGACCGUGAUGAUGAAGGGGAUAAUUUGACUAACCGCUUUAUAACUGAUGAAGAUUGUGAUGAUGAAGGAGAAAAUUUGACCAACUGCUUUAUAACAUUUGUCGACAAGGUACUCAGUCUUCGUGACAACAACUCUGAUAUACAAAGGUUUCAUCUAGAAUGUUCUGUAUGUUAUACGGUCUGGGAUGACUUAUAUGGAAGUAUAAAAAGAUGGGUUACUGCUGCUGUCAGCCAUAAUGUGCAGGAACUUCAUAUUGAGGCUAAACCUGAUGAGGAUUUUGAGAUUCCUCUUUGUCUCUAUACAUGUGACUCGUUGACAAAGCUGGAUCUGGAAUUGACUGGUUUUCAAGAGGAUGAUGAGGACUAUUUCUCCAAGAUCAUUCUACCUCAUACUAUGAGUUUGCCUCGGCUCAAAUCACUGGAUCUAAGACUUUCAUAUAUAUUGUUUAGUGAUGAGAAAUUGACGAGUAAGUUCUUUUCAAGUUUUCCUAAUCUAGAGUCGUUGGUAAUAGUUUAUUGGGGACGAGAUGAAGGUGGCUUUCUUGAUAUGAAUCUCUAA